ACUAUGUGGUCCAACAUCAGUGCUGCCCCAUUCCUACUGACUGGAUUCCCAGGACUGGAGAAAUUUCAUCCUUGGAUUUCCAUCUCUUUCUUUGUCAUCUACGGCUCUAUACUUCUUGGCAAUGGAGUUCUCCUCUUUCUAAUCAGAGGAGAUCAUACCCUUCAUGAGCCCAUGUAUUAUUUUCUGGCUAUGUUGGCAGCCACAGACCUGGGAGUGACUUUGACAACAAUGCCCACUGUACUGGGUGUUCUGUGGCUGGACCACAGGAAGAUAAGUCAUGGGCCCUGCUUCUUUCAGGCCUAUUUAAUCCACUCCCUUUCUAUAGUGGAGUCUGGAGUCUUGCUCAUAAUGGCCUAUGAUCGUUUUAUUGCCAUCUGCAAUCCUUUGAGAUAUACCUCCAUUCUCACCAAUGCUAAGGUGAUAAAAAUAGGUCUAGGGGUUCUACUGAGGGGAUUUAUGCUUAUUGUGCCUAUAAUUAUCACCCUCUCCGAAUUCCCCUACUGCAGAUCCCAUGUCCUCUCCCAUGCCUUCUGCCUGCACCAGGAUGUGAUCAAAUUGGCCUGUGGGGACAUCACCUUCAAUAGACUUUAUCCUAUAGCCUUGGUCUCAGUAACUGGUUUCUUGGACUCUAUGCUUAUCCUUAUUUCUUACAUUCUAAUCCUUAAGACUGUCAUGCGAAUUGCCUCAGGUAAGGAGCAGGCUAAGGCCCUAAAUACUUGUGUUUCUCACAUUAGUUGUGUGCUAGUUUUUUAUGUCACUGUGACUGGGCUAACCCUCAUUCAUCGAUUUGGAAAAUAUGUACCACAUAUAGUUCAUAUUAUCAUGAGCUAUGUCUAUUUCCUCUUCCCCCCAUUCAUGAAUCCAAUAAUCUACAGCAUUAAGACCAAGCAGAUACAGAAUGGUAUCAACCAUCUUUUUUCUUUUUGUAGAAUUUGA